CAGCUCAGUGAAGAAGGCAAACGCUGCUAGUCUCUAAAAAUCUCGAAGCUUAUUUAGCAGGAGUGUUUGAUACAAUUUGUAAACACCAAUCAAAUAAGCUUCAUAUAAAAUUUACGAUGACGUCUGAAGAAACCCAGAUUUCCGAGGAACUGAAGGGAUGUUACGAGAAUCUUAUUGUGAUCGACAUUGGCGCAAACCUGACGAAUAAGAAAUACGGCCGUGAUCUAGAUUCAGUAGUGCAACGGGCAAAAGAUGCAGGAGUCCAGAAGAUCAUGGUCACAGGAACUUCAGUGAAGAACAGUAAAGAAGCAUUGAGACUGACCCGUCUUUAUCCGGGAACUAUUUAUUCAACAGCAGGUGUUCACCCCCACGAUGCAAAAUCAAUGGUAGAAGAAGAGAUGUGGACUGAGCUCCAGCAAAUAGCCAGCGCGCCGGAAUGCGUGGCGGUUGGGGAAUGCGGCUUGAAUUACAGCAAAGACUUUUCCGAGCCAGCCGUACAGAGAGACGUCUUUAAGAGACAGAUAGAAAUGGCCUGCGGUCUUCGCAAACCUUUAAUCGUACACGAAAAAGAAGCUCAAGACGACGUAAUAAAAAUCCUAGACGAUUUCGGAACAAGAUUACCUGCGGUCGUUAUCCAUUCGUUCACGGGCACUGUGGAACAAGGCCUUAAGUAUAUAGAGAAAGGGUUUUACAUUGGUAUAACUGGGUAUAUUUGUAAGGACAAGUCCGAUGGAGGUAUACGACGGUUGCUUUCGGAGAGAAUGCUCCCGUUGGAUAAGUUGCUCGUGGAAACUGAUUCGCCGUUUAUGUACCCAAAUAUGAGAGCUUCGAAAUUGCCGCUGCACGUCAAAGAUUCGUUGACUGAGAGGUCAAUGAACUUCGUAAACCGUUACUGCACUUUCCAGCGAAACGAGCCAUGUGCCUUGCCAGCCAUAGUGGAGCUCAUAGCAGGAUUCUUAGGUCAGAAACCGGAGGACGUCGCGCUUGCCACUGCCUUCAACGCCUUGAAGCUGUUCGGGCUGAGCCAGUAGGUUUACGCAACUUCAUAGUCACUGAAUUAAAAAAAAAUGCCCACGAUAAAAUGCCUACCGAGCUUGAAAGUAAAAUAAAUUAUAUAUCCUUCUAAACCCAGGAACCUAUAAUGGGAAUAGCUAGUAUGUCCAUAAUUUUGUAUGAAAAACGUACUGCCUUAUUUGUCAUAACUAACGCAUUAGCAUUGCGCUAACUAAGGUUUUUUCUUAACAAACACGUCAAUUACUCUGAUAUUACUUAAUAAAACAAACUAAAUGACAUAUAUUUAGUAGUAAUGAUACGGCUUGGCGGCCUAGUGGGGAGAGUCUGCUUGCGAACCCUGUGGUCGCAAUUUCACAUCCGGCUUAAUUAGGUUUGUUUUUUUUUUAGAAAUUUGUUGAAGCACCUAUAUGAUUUAACCAUUCGUUUUUAAUUCAAAAAUGCGUUUAUUUUUUAUUUUACAUAUUUAAACCUUCAUAUUAUUAAUAUUUAAAUGUAAUAUUACGAUACUCGUUGCCUAUAGCAUUGCUUAUACCGGUUAGGGGGUUAUAUCGUCGGGGAUAAUGCGCGUAACGAAUUACGCGUAACUAGCAUUUGAUUAUGAGUCUCCAUUUCGGUAAUUUAGUCGCCAAAUCAAGUUAGUGUGGUUUACGGGAAUAUAUUGUUUUCAUUCCGUAGACAAUAUAAAUUAAUGCUUAUUGUGCAAAAAUGAGUGUCGUCCAUUUAAAUAACAAAGUAAUAACGUUAAAUCCGAUACGCGCUUUUUACCAAUGCUACAUACGCGGAUUUCUUUACAAUUCAUUAGUGUUUUCGUUCCGAAUCACAGAAAUACCUAUAGGACCUUAUAGUACUUAUAGGUCAGAAUAAAAAUUAAGAAGCAGACCUGGAAGAAGGUGUAGACAACAUAAAUUAACGUUUACUGUUUAAAAAUGAGUGUCGUAAUGAUUGAAAUAACAAAGUAAUGUCGUUAAAUCCCUUGGAACGCGGAUUUGCACCAUCGUCGACCAUAAUAUGUUUAAAUAAUGAAUUUCGCUAAAAAUCUGGAUAACUUUAGUUAUGAUAGAUGGGCAGCGUGUUUUUCUAAAUAUCCUAUGACUAUGUAGAAUAAAUAUAUGGCGCUAAAUAUGAACGCAUGCAAUAUUUUUACGUGAUCAUGGGAAUUAUAAUGGGUUAGAAUGACUUAACACUGUAUAUGGGAUCUUACAAGGAUAUUGCACUGCUAUUAUAAUAUAACAGUGUUGUAACUCAAAAUACGUAGAAAUUAAUAUUAUACGCGUCAAUAAAACUGUACUUAGAAUAUUGUAAACAACAAUUAAAAUGCAUGUGUCUACUUAACUUAAAAUGAAACAAAGUUUAAAUGAGCUACUUUUGGAAAAACAGUUCUUGCUCAUAAUUUAUGAAAUUAGUUUUCGCUUUUUUUUUUCAAAUAUGUUUGGCUACUUGGUAGUCGUU